CGUCAGUCAACCGAGAGAGAGAGAGAGAGCUUUAAAUUUGUUUGGUUCGGUGCUGUUUGGUGUAAAAUUUUGUUUUUGUGUAAAACUGUAAACUUCUUAUGUUCUCAUAACGUAAUAAAGAGGCCAAUACAGAUAUAAGGGCUCUGUUUAUUUUGUGUUCGUUUUACCUAUCUAAGGGGCUAUUCUCGGUACGUUGAUUUUUAAACAACAGAGGUGUAAGGAUAAAAUAUUCAAUGUAUCUAUUAUAAAAUUAAAACGUUUAAUACAGUAUAAAUGAGAGCUCAUUGAAGAAUAACAAGGGAUAAACAUGACUAAUUUAAAAUUUAACAACAGCAGCACUGACAGUAGUUCAGGAUCCUCAUCAGACUCUAGCAGCAGUGUCAGCUCUACUACUAGCUCAGGAUCUGGUUCUUCUAGUUCUGAUUCUGAAUCAUCCACUUCCGAUGCCCCAGCAACCACAACCGUACCAACACCAAAAUCACCUGUGAAACCCACACCAGAGGAUACAAAAAAGAAAGAUGACCCAAAACCGAGGCGACCUUCUAAAGUAAAAGUGUCAUCAUCAAGUGAAGAUGAAGCUCCUAAACCUCCUAGCCCUAAACCACAAGCACCUAGGCGAAGAGGUUCGACUAAACCAAAAUCAGCUGUUGCGGUUCUUGCUAAAGGCAAAACAGCAUCUAGACCAUCAACUGGUGCUAAAACUACUAAGCCAUCUGCCAAAACUGCAGUUAAACCAAAAAAUGAUACUUCAACAUCAAAAAAGAAGAGCAUAUUUUCACCAGAUAACAGCUCUGAAUCAGAAUCUGGAAGUAAAUCAUCUAAGAGUGUAAAGGGCUCUCCGAAACUAAAGAGAGGAUCUCGAAAGUCUAGUGAUGAGAAAGAUGAUUCCCCUGUUAUUAUUGCGGAUGGAGAUGAUUCUUCACAAAAAGAUGGGACUAAACGUAGAAGCGGCAACAGGUCUAGUGGACCACCUCCGAAAAAACCUGUUGAGGAAAAAAGUACAUCGUCAUGUACUUCAAGUCAAUCUUCUGUUGAGUCUGUAUCAUCUGAUAGUAAUAGUGAACCAACACCUAAGAAAGAACCAGCAAAAACUGGGAAGAGUAAAGCACCACCUUCUACAUCUAAGGAAGAAACAGCGAAAAGUGGAUCGUCUUGUUCUACGCCUCCCAGCUCAAUGCCACGCAAGCUGACAAGGUCUUUGUCAGCGCGCGUGUCCAGAUUGGCUAAGGCGCGACCCGCCAAUACUGACACAGACUCCGAGGCCGAGGACAAGACCAGCAGCGACAAGAGCAAAGACAGCAACAGCAAAAAGCCAAUGAAGGGCCGGCCCGUGCCGCGGUCUCCGCCGUCGCCGCAGGAGCCCCGCGAGCGCUGCUGUCCUGUGCGCGGAUGCGACUCACUAGGACACCUUGGGGGCAAAGCUCCGCGUCAUUUUACAUGGGACGCUUGUCCCGUGUAUCACAAUGUGACGGCCACUUGGUGUGUCGCCGCUUCAGAGGAGAGAGCAGCCGCUAGUAGUACAAGGCGGAGAGCGCUUCAAGCUUUACAACAACGUCCGAGAUCUAUGCCUACUAUAGACCAGCGUGCUUAUCAGCUUAAAGUUAAGGAUAUGCGUUCCAAAUGGAAAGGCAGUCAAGAGCUUCGCGACAAGCUGGCUGCGUCUACAGAGGAAGUUACUGAAGAACGAGAGCCCAUGCUGGAAGGGUUCGCGCCAGACUACGACUUGAGACUAUUCCGCGAAGCACAGGCUUUGGCCGCUAUUAGGGUGGAAGAUGAAUUGGGAGACCUUCCGAGUGAUAAGGGAACUAGAUAUGUGGUGAUGGGCAAAUACAUGAUGGAGGUGUGGUAUCAGUCUCCGUACCCUGGCAAUGCUGCUCGAGUGCCGCGUCUGUUCGUUUGCGAGUUCUGCCUGAACCACCAGCAGUCCGCCUCGGGCCACGCCCGCCACCGCGCCAAAUGUGUGUGGCGACACCCGCCUGGGGAUGAAGUGUAUCGAAAAGACAACUUGAGUGUAUGGCAAGUCGACGGCCGGAAGCAUAAACAGUAUUGCCAGCAGCUCUGCCUUUUGGCCAAGUUCUUCUUAGACCACAAAACACUUUACUAUGAUGUGGAGCCGUUCUUAUUCUACGUGAUGACCUGUUCUGAUAGUGAGGGGUGCCAUAUCGUCGGAUACUUCAGUAAGGAAAAGAAUUCGUUCCUGAAUUACAACGUAUCCUGCAUUUUGACCCUGCCGCCGUAUCAGAGACAGGGCUACGGGAGACUGCUCAUAGACUUCAGUUACCUUCUGACAAAAGUGGAGGGUAAAGUCGGCUCUCCUGAAACUCCUCUAUCAGAUCUCGGUCUCAUAUCUUACCGAUCUUAUUGGAAGGAGGCUUUGCUCCGGCGACUGUGCUCUGCUCCUGGCUCAACUCUUUGCAUCAGGGAUUUGAGUAAGGACCUUGCGAUAGCGUCUUCUGACAUAGUGUCGACGCUUCAGGAAAGAGGCCUUAUGAAGUAUUGGAAGGGGAAGCAUAUCGUGCUGAAGAAGCAGGAGGUGCUAGAGGAAGUGUCACGCCGCGCGUCGCGUGCCCGCUGCGUGGACGCGGCGUGCCUGCGCUGGAGCCCGCCGGCGGUGUCCGCGCCGCCCCGCUGACGCCGCGCGCCCGGCCCGCGUGCCGGCCGCGCGCGCCGCCUCCGACAGCGACCCAACAGCAGCGCCGCGCGCGCGCUUCUCUAGGGUCCGAUCUACUCGAGCCUGGUGGUCCAACGCGGAGCCGUAACCACGGUUGUCCGCCGCCGGAGGCAACCCCAAGCUGAGUAGAGUACCAGUAGAUCCCAUAUCAACAUAUAAUGCCGCCGAACAAUAAGAUAACUCCGAAGUUUUCGGAAGAAAUCGAACUUUCUAGUUAAAUUUCGUUCGUUACUGAAUAUAGGAUUAUUAAUUGGUUAACCAGCGCUUUCUAAGCUACGGUGGAGAAGCGACGCACCAAUUCCACUGCUGAUUUCCAAGAAGUUGAAAAAGUACGGUAAUACCACGUUUAGAAGUUAUUUGUGUCUUUAGAAAGCUGAUAUUCAGCGGACAUGAUUGGGUAACAUAUUCAGCCAUUCAUAUGAACAAGCGUCGAUUAUUGGUUGAUUCUAACGUAUGUAGUACUGAUAUUUCUAUUCAACGCCAUUUUUCCUGUUCUUGUGAUUACCAUGGAAGACGAGGUGACUUCUGAAAAUGGUUUUCUGUACCUACCUUAAGGAUAUGUUUUGCGUGACACGGCCACGCAAGUUUCAGCGCUAUUCAUACAAACUUAUUUAAACUUAGGACUUUUUCUGCAUUUUGAGGUCGUUUCCCACCUAAUUACCACGAAAAUAGUAGUAGUAACUAGUUCCACCUAGUUCCAUUAAAAUUCUAAAGGAAAAUGUGAACAGUCUGAUAUAAAUUGUACUCUACUGGCAUAAACGUCAUUUUAGAUGAUGACGGUCCGUCCCAGUGGAAACAGGCCCUAAGCUAACAAAAUAAUAGGUGAAUUAAAAAAAAAGACAGUUGAGUGUUAGUAAUGGAGUUGAUGAAUUAUCGUCCAAAAUAUUAUUUUACUGCGUUUUGUAUGAAUUCGCGCUGACAACUGUGGCUUAGAAAUAAUUUGUAGGUAAAUUAAUAUAUUUUGUACAUUUUCCUGUUAUGGUUGUUAAUUUUAAGGCUUAGUUGUUUAAUUGAAAAUGCAAUAUUAUAUUAAUGUCAAAACAAUGAACACUAUAAUUAUAUAAAUGUAAACAUAGAUGAGAGCCCCUAUUUAUGGCCCUUUUUUACCUUUGUACGCAGUUUUAUAUAUUAAUAAUGAUCGUUUAUAAUAAUAUAAUUUACUAAAUGUCUACAUAAUAAAUAUACAAAUGUAUCUGACAAAUUGUUGCACGGGAUUCUUGUACGAAUUUUAAAGCCUGCGCAUACAAGGAACUUAUCGCGGAUAUGUCCGCCUGACAUCUUGUAAAUUCUUGUAUAUUUUCUAUCUGCACAAAUAGUUUUAUUAAUUCACUUGUCUUUAAAAUGCAUUAAUCGUUUAGGAAAAGCAUUAUUAGUAUAAUAAUUAUGUGGCAAAUGUACCUUAAAUGUUAUAAAUAAGUUAAAGUGUAAGCAAUAAUAGUCAAGUGAACACUGAAUGUAGACUUUGGUAGUAAAUAUAAUAAUUUCUGUAGCAUCAAUCAAUUCGUAAAUCUGUCAAGAAAUUAAAGUUUUGGUGACUACGUUUAGCGUUAAAAAUCUAAAAUAAUGAUAUAAAUGAAUGUUUUUACAUUUUUAUAUGAAGUAUCAAUUUUUAUAGAUUUAUUCAUUAUUUCCAACGAUCACUUUGUAAGGAAUUGUCAAAUUAAAUACAAAUACUUUAUUUGCUAUAAAUGCGGUACAAUUAUAGGUGUUACAAAGCAUAUACAUUUCGCGCAUUUAACCAGUCAUGGCAUGCAAAAAUUGCGAACAAUAAUUCUAUAAACUCAUUAAUUCAUUCACAUAAUCACGUCUAUAGACCUUGUGGGGUAGACAGAGGCAGUCUUGAAAGACUGAUAGGCCACGUUCAGCUGUUAGGCUUAACGAUAAAAUUGAGAUUCAAAUAAUGACAGGUUGCUUACCCAUCGCCUAAAAGAAUAAUCCCAAAUGUAUAAGCUUAUCCCUUAGUCGCCUUUUACGACAUCCAUUGGGAAGAGAUAGAGUGGUACAAUUUUUUUUUUAAUAUUGGUGCCGGGAACCACAUUGCACUAAAGAAAUAUAAAAAAUAUAAAAGGACUCAAAUGCCAUCGAUCAAAUAUGGUUACAUAACUGUUUACUAUUAUUACUUUCACAGCUAUAUAACUAUAGUUACCUAUUAAUCCCUAUCAGUGGCAUUUAUUAACCUGCCACAGGUGAUUUCACUUGUUUUAAUAUGGCUUUUGAAUUUAGCCAAAUGUAAUACGCGCUGCAGAAAGUUAACUAAAAUUAUUUUUAUAUUUAGGUGAUGUUAAUGUAAAUAUGACAAUGUGGGAGGACGACAUAGUGAUACAUUGGAUAAAUUAAUUGAUAGCUUUCAUAGUACAAAUUAUUAAUAGUUAAACUUUAUGGAAAACAUCUAUUCACUAUGGAGUAAGACCUGUUAGGAUCUCAUUUUUUGUACUGAUCUCAAGAAAUAAAAAGAAAUACAAUGUUGUAUAAUGAAUUAUUGGAUAUAGAUCAGAUGUUACUCGAAUACACAUUUACUUUUCUCACACGUUCAGUAAAGAUGAGUAGUACCAGAAUUUCUUGUAACUUAAAAGAUAUCUUUUUCACUAUUAUCUUGUUAAAAUUUUGGAGAUUUUAUAGAUUUAACCUAAAGGUCAGUGUAAAGAGUAUAAAUUUUCCAGUGGUUGGAAAUUUUUAUGUGAAUAAAUCUUUGUUUAACGUACAAAA